AUGACAAACAAUGAUGAAGGACGCAUUGAAAUUUGUGAGGAAUUCCGGUGUCAAAGAAGCAUCGUUAUGCAGACUUUUGGAGAGACUAACCGCGCAGGUGAUCCGGACCUUUAUGAACGGACAAUUUCGGCUCCUACAAACAGUAAUGUAAGGCAGUUAAAUAACGAAGCUUUGGAACGGCUAUGCAUUUCUGGUCCACAAGAUGUUCUUGUUUACAAAAGCGUCGUUGAAGCACUGCAUCGUGAAGGAAGAUCAGAUGAAUUGUACCCGAUGGAGUAUCUAAACACGUUAGAACCCGCGUGGAUGCCAUAUCUCUAUAUCCUCUUGAUCUACGACUGA